GCUUAAAAGAAGGAUAAAGGCCUUGAACACCUAUCACAGGAAAACUAUUUACCGCCACUUUCUGAUCAGAGAACCAAACAUGAGAUUUCUACUGUUUUUCUUCGCAGUGCUGGCGUAUGCCAAGGCCCAGACCACCACUGAGCAACCAAACUGCUCAGGUCCCUCGGACUGCGGGGAAGCAGAAUGCUGCGUCCAUUCGGACUUCAUCGGGAAGCGGUUCAUCUUUAACGACCUUUUCGGUGGACACAAGGGCGAGUGCCAGCUUAUGAGGACAUUGGGUCAGUCCUGCCACAUUUCCGACCUCCACGACGUCUUCAACAGGGACAUGUUUGAGUUUAGCUGCCCAUGCCAAGCAGGUCUGGAGUGUCGAGGGGAAACCAUAGAAGAGAAUGGCGGGUCAGUCAUCCACCAUAACCCGAAGUGCCAGUUGCCCGCUGGCAAAACCACUCCAGCGUCAUAGAUAGCUAUAAUAUGUAAGAGAAUGCAGAUUGUGGUAAAGUGUUCAUUGCAGAGCAAACACAUCUGAAAGUAAACGCCCUUAUGUUGUUGUACACGGCAUUGAAGCAAAAUAUUUUUGUCAGUUCUAAUUUGAUUUAAUUUAAGUUCACAAACAUAAAAUAUACUACGAAAUAAGUGUAUCAGUUGAACAAAAGUUUUAUUUUGUUACAAUUCAAACGGAAAAGCACUAAGUCUAACAUCGUAACUGUAAUGUUUUCUCUGAUUGAUUAAAAUCAAUUUAUCGAGGCUGCUGAUUCGCACAACACCCUAUUCAGAAUUCGUUUAUGAUUACGUUUAAAUGUACGCUUCCGGUGACAGACUAUUCACAAACACUUAUGUAUAUAAUUUCUGUAUAUGUAUACCCUUGGCAGUUUUGAGAGUAAAAUCUCAAUUCACGAUAAUGGAAGAAUUGGCGGCUGGACAUACUGAUAUAUAACAUCAAUGGUAAGAGAUUGAUCUAUCUGCAAAGAAAAAGACCACAAUAGUCAGAUCUAUACUUCCUCCAUCUUGUCCUCAAACUUACUGAUGUGUAUAAUACUGGACAUCUUCCGUAAACAUGAACGACCUUCACUAUAAAUACCCGCAUACAUUACAAGCUGCAUUCAUUACAUAUAUGAUAUCAAAUGACAUAUACAGGCCAAACACUAAGGAAAAUUGCCUUUAAAAAAGGGAAGAGUUUUAGCACAAAGUAUAACUCGCUCUUGGAGAUUCCGCGCAAGUGUUCACAUUUUGAGGAAUGAAAUACAAUUCCCCCUCACUGUCCAUUCCCUUACAGUAAGAUAAAUGACACAAAUAAGAAUAGAAGUAAAAUUUCCAAAAGCUUGAGUUCGUCGAAAAAAUCUCAACACAUCUACUAAAAAUAUAGAAUAAAAGACAAUAUCUUGAAGAAUACCGAUGACAGAUUAUAUUAAAAUUACACGUUACAAAAUAGACAUGAUACAAAUGGGUUGAGCAUAUCGGUUAUAAAAUGAAUUAAUGAUUAAGUUUGGAAAAUAUCAUGCUUAGUUUCAAUGCGUGGGAUAAAUAGCACUCCGACAAUGCGGACAAUUGACCAAAUGUAGUAUUCAUCAGUAUUAUCGUUUGGAGACUCGUUAGAAUGGAAUGUAUAAAAAAAAUUGAUCGGAAAUGACCAGUUUACACGAGGGCCUUCUCGUAUGGGCGAAAUUGAUAAUCACCGGAAAAAUGAGAUGGACCCAGUGAUUGGGAAAACCGCUGUAAUUCUUGGCCCACCAUUGGACGUUUAUGGUCAGUUGUCAAAUUGGCGGACAUUUUUGUGCCACUAGCUUCUGUUCUAACAUUUGCUACAUAUACUGGUACUGUGUUUUAUUCCUGUGGAAGUGCAGUUUACAUAUUUUAAACACAUUUUCAUUUUAUCGAAGUGUGAAUUCACAAAACGUUGACUUGUUAAAAAUCUAAAGUCGUAAUUUAGCUGGUCAUGUGACGAUAACAUUACCAAGGGGACAUUCCUGACGACAUUUGGCAUCCGCAUU